AUGUUUAACAAGGUCGUCAAGGGUGAUACAGAUAUUUGGGAAACCAAUGAUCCUACAAAGUAUGCCUCCAAGGUUUUUACUGAUACAAAAGGAGAAAACGUGAGCAUAUAUCAGAUGGACGGUGAUAUUAUACACUAUGGGAAGUCAGGAGCUGGAUGGGUGAAGACUUCUCACAAAGUUACUCUUGAUAUCAGUAAGACCUCCAGUACCAUAGAGUUUGAUUUUCACCAUGAUGGUGAGAGGAGGACUUUCACGCCAAAACCUGGUUACUUUUUCAGUAGAGUCAUCAUCAGUGAUAUUCUUCAAUGUGAAUUUUGGGAACCCAAGGAUCCCAGCGUGAGUAUUAAUAAGGUUGUAAUCUUCGGUGUAGAGUCGACUAUCAGAAAUGUUAGCAUAUUUCUCAGUAAUAAUACGGUUGAACAUUUCCACAAGGAAUACGACGAGUGGGUCGCAGAAACUGCCAUGAUUCUUAAUAUAGAUAUCAAUCAUGAUAAUGACCUCUUUGACUACAGAUCCACCAGAGGAUUUGGUCACUUCAAUCCCAAGGCCAAUUUGACUGUCGAAAAAAUAGUGAAGAAAACGCUUGAAAUAUGGAAAGCUGAUCCAGAAGAUCAUGGUCUCAAAGUAGUUUUGAUGGGUGCUGGCAAGGAAGAGAAACAUAUAUCAAUUCUGUUGGAGAGUGGCGAAUUCGUACUUCUUCAAAAGACUGGAAAGGGUCAACCCUGGGGAAACAUUACCAAGAAUAAACAUAACUUCUCAGGGGUAAAAAUGUUUGCCUUGGAGGAGGGUAAAUCCAACUAUCAUGAGCUUACGAGGGAAGAUUACGAUCCGAUUGUGUUUGAAUGUAGAUAUGGUUACGAGUUUAGGAAUGAUGUCAGGUGUGUGAGAAUCAUCAACACUUUCCUGAGCUCUCUCUUUAAAUCUCAACUAAUAACUACCAAAUACUAUCAAUAG